AUGCGUAACCACUCCUGGGUCGUUUCGUGCACCACACCGGAGACUGCACAAGGCCUGGAAGAGUACUUCCACAUCGUGCCGAACAACCGGCCUCUUCCGGAGCCUUCUCCAUAUCGCGUUGUCGAAAUCCCUGGGAAGGGUCGAGGCUUGAUCACGAACAGGAAGAUCUACAAAGGAGAAGGCGUCAUAGCUGAAGAUGCUAUCCUGGCGCUGCCUAUCCACGCACAUCUACAACUUGCACCCGACAGGCGAAGACACUUGUACGAAAUGGUCCUGGAGAAUCUACCACCUGAGGCCAGGAGCGAGUUUCUAUCACAGGUUGGGGAUGACGUUACUACUGUCAUCGACCGCAACGGCUUUGAGAUUCACACGGGGCGAGACGAUGAUGCCGUCAGAUACUUCGGUGCCUUUCCAGAGCAGGCUCUUAUCAAUCAUGACUGCAGGCCAAAGUCAGUAUUGUAUCUCCCUCUGAAGAUAGACCAGAACUCACACGUGGCUGGACUUAGUCUUGCGUAUCACUUCCGCGGUAUGACUCACAUAACCACCGCCGUCCGGGACAUUGAUGCUGGGGAGGGGCUCAGCUUGAGCUACAUCGACGUGACACUUCCCUUUCGGCACCGACAGACUCGUCUGAACGCACUUUGGAACUUCAACUGCACUUGCAAGCAAUGCCAGCUCCCUCCUGCCGGAGCCGAAGCGUCUGAUGCUCGAGUCGAGCGCAUCAAGGUGCUGGAAGACAUUCUGGAUCACCCGGCUAAAAGUUUUCCGGCCGGUGACCUGAUGGCUCAAACUGGGAGCGAUCUAGUGGCGCUUUACGAGCUGGAGCGACUGGACGUGUAUAUCGGGUAUGCCUACAGGAGGGCUGCGCUAAAUUUUGCCCUGUUUGCUGAUGAGCACAAUGCGAGGAAGUUCGCGCAGAGGGCACUGAAAGCUUUGGGGUGGCAAGGUGGCGCGAAGCAGAAGGAUCUGGAGAAUAUGAGAGGCUUGUUGGCAGACCCGAAGGCGCACUGGAGCUGGGGAAGGCUGGCUGGGCGUCACAAGGGAGCAAGGGUUUAA